CAUCUGCUGCAUGUGAUUGGUGCGUGACGACAACGGAAGUUAUUGUUGUUUUUCUGCCGACUGUGAGCGUGUUUUAGCUCCAUCAUCUGAAGAAUGGACCAGAAUAAUGAGGGGAGUUUGGCCCAGGUUCGCCAUGUUGUUUUGGUUCUGUCGGGAAAAGGAGGUGUUGGGAAGAGCACCAUCACCACAGAGUUAGCUUUGGCUCUGAGGCAUGCAGGCAAAAAGGUUGGGAUUCUUGACGUUGACCUCUGUGGGCCGAGUAUCCCCCGCAUGCUGAGCGUCGGCCGACCAGAGGUGCAUCAGUGCGACUCCGGAUGGGUCCCAGUUUACACAGACGCUCAGAAGAGUCUGGCUCUGAUGUCCAUCGGGUUCCUGAUGGAAGACCCGGAUGAAGCCGUGGUGUGGAGAGGCCCGAAGAAAACCGCUCUGAUUGGCCAGUUUGUGUCGGACGUAGCGUGGGGGGAGCUGGACGUGCUGCUGGUCGACACGCCGCCGGGGACGUCGGACGAACAUUUGGCCGUGCUGGAAAACCUUAAAAAGCAUAAAGUGGACGGAGCCGUUUUGGUCACCACUCCUCAGGCCGUGUCUACGGGGGAUGUGAGGAGAGAAAUCACUUUCUGUAAGAAAACCGGAGUUCGGAUCCUGGGAAUUGUAGAAAACAUGAGCGGCUUUGUUUGCCCUCACUGCUCCGAAUGCAGCAACAUCUUCUCAAAGGGUGGCGGUGAAGAACUGGCCAAACUGACCGGAUCCGUGUUUCUAGGUUCGGUACCGUUGGACCCGCUCCUCAGCGCCAGCAUAGAGGAAGGCAAAGACUUUGCUCAGUCAUUUCCUGACAGCUCCACAUUCAGCGCCAUCAGCACAAUUUCUCAAACGUUACUCCACAGCCUGCAGACAGACUGAUUUCUUCCUGAAUUCAGUUAUUUGUAUCUUUGUACACAUUUCUCUUGUAUAUUUGACAUAAAUAUUGGUCUCAUAA